AUGCAGAAUCACUUCCGCAGGAUUGGCGUAACGCGGUUCCUCGCGCAUUCUCCCGAUCCCAAUCAUCCUUCUCGAGCCCUAUCGCCUUCCGCGGACUCCGAAUGGCUAGGCCGGACUCCUGCGCAGGAUGAGAAGGACGAGAUAAUCGGAAUGUCAUUGGACAUCAACACCGGCCUUCCCAAAGUGCGCACCACAGCAGAUGUCAAGCGCGAGGAGCGCAGCAAGCUUUUUCCUCUGCACUACAGAAUCUACGACGAUCAGAGCCAGGACAUAGCAGAAUAUAUCCGCGCAGCCUUUACCGAAGACCCAGAGUCCAUUCGGCGGAAGGAUGCCUAUGGCUUCACUCCGCUAUACGUUGCUGCUGCGGUGGUGAACGUCGUCGCAGUCCGCACCCUGCUUGAGUUGGGUGUAGGAAGCGAUGUUUUUGAUCGCGCCUCUGGCGAUGGGCUCACCCCUCUGAUGGCAUGCGAGGCCAAGCUUCGUGGCGAGCGCGAUUUCGCGGAAACUAUGUUGCUCAGCGGUUGGGAAGGACAUCGCGAAGACGGACUGCGCACCGAGGCGAUGCUCAAGAGAGCGAUGGAACAAGGCGUGGGGACAGACGAGCAGUAUAUCAUUUCGAAAAAGUGGGGUUGUACCUGCGGUAAGUGUGCAGGAGGGUGGUUGUCUCCAAGAACGCUCAACCGCCUUGCUGGUGAGUGGCUCUUCCAUUGCCAUAUUUUUGCGCGAAACCGCUCGUGA